UCCGCAACAAACUUUGAUUUAUUUACAGAUAACUUUAUUAGCGCAGUGCGCGCCUUACAAAAUAUAAAGUUAGAUAAUAUUACAGAUUUAAUGAUUGUUCAUAUCGCGCUGAAGAAGUUAGACUCAGAUACUGUUCGCGCUUUCGAGACUGAGUUUGGUAGUGAAAUGCCUACUUUUGAUAACUUAGUUCAAUUUAUUCAAACUCGUGCGAAGGUAUUAGAACGCAUUCAUCCUUCCACAAAUUCGGGAAUAAAUAAACCGCCUCGAAAGAAUAAUUAUAACCGCAGUUCAAAUAAUAAUUCGUCCGCUCCGCCUAAGUAUCAGUCUUACGUAACAACCGCUGAUUCCGCUUAUAGUUGUCUUUGUAAAAAUAUUACGCAUCAACAUUUAUAUAAAUGUUCGAGUUUUCAUAAAAUGAGUCCGCAGGAACGUUUGAAAUACGUAAAGGAUAGAAACGCGUGUAUAAAUUGUCUCAGUAUAAAACAUCGAGUUUCUAGUUGCUCGUCGUAUUCUAAUUGUCGCAUUUGUAAAUUAAAACAUCAUACAAUGUUACAUUUGAAACGCGAAUCUUCCAUACCCGCGCCUGCGUCUCACCCCCCGCCGCGCAGCACACCGCCGUUGCCUGCGCCGUCGCCGCCGUCGGGCGAGUGCGUCCGCUCUGACGUAGCGCUAUUUACCGCUAGCUAUACAGCUGAUACUGAUAACGCAUUUCAAUGCAACGCGCCCGUGAAUAAACAAUGUACUAUUUUAUUAUCAACCGCUGAAGUCGUAGCUUAUAAUUGUAAAGGUGAACGGCUUAUUAUUCGCGCGCUUUUAGAUUCCGCUUCGCAAAGUCACUUCAUUACGAAUGAAUGUUGUGAACGCUUAGGUAUUAAACCGCAGAAAACCGAACGUACUAUUAUUAAGGGGUUCGGUGGUUCAGAAAAAAUUAUAAAUAGUAAUUCCGUAAAUAUAAAAUUUUAUUCGCGUCUUGACAACAACAUAUCUUUUAAUAUUUCACCGCUAGUUGUUGAUCAUGUUACGGAUUUAUUACCUACCGCUGUUAUAGACACUUCUGUCUUAUCGCAUAUUUCGCAUUUACCGCUCGCAGAUGAGAGUUUUGGCACGCCAAAUAAAAUCGAUUUAUUAAUCGGUGCUUCUCUGUUCCCUCAUCUGCUUCUCCCCGACGUAGUUCAUGCAUCUCGUGACUCGUCGGCGCCCGCUGCAUUGCGCACGGUGUUAGGCUAUGUAAUAAUGGGUUCAGUACCCACCAUACCUAACAUACAUAAACCGCCCUUGACGUGUUGUCACGUUCAAGAGACCGCCGCUAUUGACUCAUUAGUCAGGCGUUUCUGGGAGCUCGAGGAGCUUCCUACCGCACCGCCCGUUCAACAUCCCGAUGAUGUUGAAUGUGAAGAAUAUUAUAAAUUAACUACAACCCGCGACCCCGUGAGUGGCAGAUAUAUUGUUUCGCUUCCAUUUAAGGAUGAUUUCUACACUCUCGGUGACUCAUUUAAUAUUGCCCGCAAGCGUUUCAUGUGCCUCGAAAGAAAGCUACAGGCUUCACCUAAAUUAAGGUUGGCAUAUGAUGACGUCAUAAAAGAUUAUCUAACGAAGAAUUAUAUUUCACCCGCGCCUCCGUAUGAUCCGCGUGACCCUACACCUAUUUAUAUUAUACCGCAUCACGCUGUUCUGCGCGAGGAUAAAUCGUCGACUAAGCUGCGCAUGGUUUUAGAUGCUAGCAUGCCAACUUCUGGAAGCCAGCGUUCAUUGAAUGACCUUCUGCAUGUUGGGCCGAAUUUACAAGGCAAUUUGUUUACAAUAAUUUUAGGUUUUCGUCUCCACGCGAUUGCCAUGACCGCCGAUUGCCGCCAACAAUUUCUGCAGAUAUUCGUGCGUGAGUUUGAUCGUCGUUUUCAAUGUUUUUUAUAUCGUUUCAGCCCGCAGGAUCCGCUACUUCUUUAUCAAUUUAAUCGAGUUUGCUUCGGCAUCAAGUCUAGUCCUUAUCAUGCACUGCGCACGGUAAGACAGCUCGUAGAAGAUGACGGCGCGAAAUAUCCGCUCGCGAGUAGCAUUGCGUCUUCCUCGUUGUAUAUGGAUGAUAUCGCCUUCUCUAUUCCCACGGAAUGUGAAGCAGUUUCCGCGUCGCAGCAGCUCAUCGAUUUGUUUAAGGGAGCUCAGUGGGAUCUAGUUAAAUGGAAUAGUAAUAGUAAAAAUGUGUUAGAUAAUCUUCCCGCUUCGCACAAACUUUUACCCUCCGCGGUAGAGUUUGAUAAGACCGUGCAACAUAAAUUACUUGGUCUGCAUUGGUCUACUGUUGAUGAUUGUUUUUAUUUUAAAAUUACCGCACCCGCAGAUGUGAUGUGCACUAAGCGCUCCAUCUUGUCAAUUACCGCCCGUCUGUGGGACAUGAUGGGCUUCGUUGCUCCCACAGUCGUGUAUAACAUCCCAUCAGAUAAUUUCUACCAUGUUUCUGGUAUUGAAAAUCCCGCUGACAUUCUUUCGCGUGGCAUUACGCCACAAAAUCUCGUCUCGCACCCUCUGUGGUUCCAAGGACCCCAGUGGGCUCGUUCGGACCCAUCCGGAUGGCCUCUUAAGAGUCUCGAUGGUGAGUCUAUUGCAGACAUUCCCGAACGAAAAUUAUGCACGCACACUGUGUGCUCGCCUAUAAAGCAUUGCGCUUUAUACGAUACCGCCCUUCGCGUCUCGUCGCGUCGUGUAUUUUAUAUUUAUAGGUUCCUUAUAUUAUUAUCCCGCCGCGGUGUUAUGAUGACCGUAGAGGAACCUAAUUUCGCUGUAAAUAAAAUUAUUCCCGCCCUGCAAAAUAAAUAUUUUGCAGAGGAGUAUUCUAAUAUACUCUAUUAUAAAUUUUAUUUGCAGGCUUUCAAUCACUUGAAGCCUUUUACUCGCGACAGACUAAUCCUCGUCGGACGUCUAAGCGAUACCGCCCUGGAAUAUGCACAUAAGCAUCCAGCGAUAUUACCAUUGACGAAGACACCAUCUAACAUUGAUCCAAAUUCUAUUGUCCGUGAUGAAGAAGUCGUGAAGAAUAAAGGAUCGAUAUUUGUUAUAGAAAAACGUGUGCGGUUAUUCGAAAGUCCUAAAAAUAAGACUAAGGAUGAAGAGAAAGAAACAUCGACAGAACUGUCGCACUUCGAAAGGCGUAAAGUUUCUAAAAGGCAUUCAGAAGAUAAGAUAGAAGCUAUUGAAUCACCACAAAGUCCAGUGCCAUCUAUAACAUGGAAAGAUAAAAAAUGCAGAAGCUUCAAAUUGCCACCAUUAUUUGACCCGUACGUGCCGAUUGAUCCUCAAGAUAAAACAAAACCUGUGUUAGAAUUCGAACUAGUGGUAUCUAGAUUUUAA